AUGUCAGGUCAAUCAGUUUUCGUAUCCGGUGCCACAGGUUUUAUCGCUGGUCAAAUCAUUGUUCAUUUAUUGAAUGGUGGUUAUAAAGUUGUUGGUCAAGUUAGACUGGCCGCUAAAGGUGAAGUUUUAUCAAAGGAAAUCAAUAGUAAGGAUUUCACUUAUGAAGUUGUUGAAGUGUUAGAAAAGGAAGGUGCCUUUGAUCAAGCUUUAAUUAAUCAUCCUGAAGUUACUAUAUUCCUUCAUACUGCUUCUCCUGUUUCUUUUGCUCAAGAUGAACAUGAAAAGAAUACUUUAAUCCCAGCUAUUAAUGGUACUAAGAAUGUUCUUCAAUCUAUUAAGAAUGUUGCUCCUCAAAUUAAAAAGGUUGUUAUCACCAGUUCAGUUGUUGCUGCUGCAUCUUUUGCUCAAUUAGCUGAUCCAAAUUAUGUUGGUGGUGAAGAUAGCUGGCUGCCAAUUACUUAUGAACAAGCAAAAAGUAGUGAUGCUCCUACUGCUUAUGCUGGUUCAAAGAAAUUUGCUGAACAAGCAGCUUGGGAUUUUAUUAAGCAAGAAAAUCCAAGUUUUACGUUAACUACUGUAUUACCAAGUUAUGUAUUUGGACCACAAGCUUUUGAAUCUGGUGUCAAGGAUUUAAAUCAUUCUGCGGAAUUUCUUGUUGGUGCUUUAAAAUUAACUAAAGAUUCUAAAGUCCCUACCGCUGAAAGUAUUUGUGUUGAUGUUCGUGAUGUUGCUAAAGCCCAUAUUAUUGCUAUUGAAAAUGAGGACGCUGUUGGUAAGAGAAUUGUUAUUUCUAAUAACAGAUUCGCUUAUACCAAUUUCAUUGAUAUUAUCAGAAGAAACUUUAAGGAAUAUUCUGAUAAACUACCAGAAGUUUCCUUACCAAGUGAUUAUUUUGCUCAUUAUAAUAGAUUUCAGGAUACUGAAUCUAGAAAGAUCUUAGGAUUUGAAUACAUUGACCUUGAAAAGUCUGUUGUUGAUCAUAUUGCUCAAGUUUUGGCUUAUAAAAAUUAG